CUCUCGCUUCUCGAGUUAACUCUCAUUUAGUCUAAAUUAGCCUCUCGAAGCUGAAAGUUGUUGAUAUCUUUUGGCUUUUCACUUGCUUGUUACCACUUUGAGUUGGUAAAAAAGUUUGAUUUUGAUUGUUGAAGACGUGAAAAGAGAGCUUAGGCAAUCACCAUCAUCAUCAUUCUCAUCAUUUUCAUCAUCAUCCUGCCUGUAAUUGACGAUCAAAUUGGAUAAACAUUUGGAUUUUUUAUAAUCUAUUUUAAAAUCAUUCAUAUUUCCAGUAUUAGUUAGUUUACUGUUGGUUCAAAUUUUUCUAUUACCUUUGUUCAACAAAAAUGGCUAAAAAAAAGGCAGAGUUAGAUGAUCUCAAGCAAGAACUUGAUGUGGAUGACCAUAUUAUUACACUUGAUGAAUUAUGUUCCAGACUUAAAACUGAUCCAGUUAAGGGGUUGACGUCGGCUCAAGCCAAGGCUGUGUAUGAAAGAGAUGGACCUAAUGCGUUAACUCCACCGCCAACAACACCCGAAUGGGUUAAAUUUUGUAAACAGCUUUUCGGAGGAUUUGCGCUUCUUCUUUGGAUUGGUGCAGUUCUAUGUUUCCUGGCUUAUUCCAUUCAAGCUUCAACUGGCGAUAAUGCUUCACCUGAUAAUUUAUACCUAGGUAUUGUACUUGCAGUAGUCGUCAUCGUUACAGGAUGUUUUUCUUAUUACCAAGAAGCCAAAAGUUCUGCUAUUAUGGAAUCAUUCAAAAGUAUGGUUCCACAAUAUGCUCUAGUCGUCAGAGAAGGUCAAAAACUCACAAUUCCGGCUGAGGAGGUUGUUGUUGGUGAUGUUGUCGAGGUUAAAGGAGGUGAUCGUAUUCCUGCCGAUAUUAGGAUUUUGUUUGCUCAUCAAUGUAAAGUAGAUAAUUCAUCAUUGACCGGAGAAUCAGAACCACAGACUAGGAGUCCAGAAAAGACUCAUGAUAAUCCAUUGGAAACUAGAAAUUUGGCUUUCUUCUCUACUAAUUGUGUUGAAGGAACAGCUACAGGUGUUGUUAUCCAAACUGGAGAUCGAACCGUUAUGGGUCGUAUCGCCAACUUGGCAUCUGGUCUUGAGAUUGGUCAAACUCCAAUCAAUCGAGAAAUUGAGCAUUUCAUUCACAUUAUCACUGGAGUCGCCGUUUUCUUGGGAGUUUCAUUUUUCAUUAUUGCCAUAAUCCUCAACUAUCCUUGGCUUGAAGCCGUCAUCUUCUUGAUUGGUAUUAUUGUAGCCAAUGUACCAGAAGGUUUACUUGCCACUGUAACAGUCUGUCUUACUUUGACUGCCAAGAGAAUGGCUUCUAAAAAUUGUCUGGUCAAGAAUUUAGAGGCUGUUGAGACACUUGGUUCAACUUCAACGAUCUGCUCUGAUAAAACUGGUACAUUAACUCAAAACCGUAUGACAGUUGCUCAUAUGUGGUUUGACAAUCAUAUCAUCGAGGCUGACACAACUGAAGAUCAAUCAGGUUUGGCGUAUGAUAAAUCUUCCCCAGGAUGGAAAAGUCUUGCCAAUGUUUGUAUGCUGUGUAGCCGGGCCGAGUUUACAGGAGGUCAAGAAAACAUUCCCGUAUUGAAAAGAGAUACCUCAGGAGAUGCAUCAGAAUCGGCUAUAUUGAAAUGUAUGGAAUUGGCAGUUGGUGAUGUUGUAGGUUUUCGAAGGAAAAACAAAAAAAUUUGCGAAAUCCCUUUCAAUUCUACUAACAAAUAUCAUGUAACUAUUCACGAAACUGAAACUCGAGAUGGAUUUUUACUGUGUAUGAAAGGAGCACCUGAAAGGAUUUUGGAGCGCUGUUCAACUAUCUAUAUUGACGGAAAGGAGAGGCAAUUAGAUGCUAAAAUGCGAGAAGCUUUUGAAAAAGCUUACCUUGAAUUGGGUGGACUUGGAGAAAGAGUUAUCGGUUUUUGUGAUUUAAAACUGCCAGCGGAUAAAUUUGGUCCUGAUUUUAAAUUUGACCCAGACGAGGCAAACUUCCCAUUAGAUGGCUUGCGAUUUGUUGGUCUUGUAUCCAUGAUUGAUCCUCCUCGAGCUGCUGUACCAGAUGCUGUCGCUAAAUGUCGAAGUGCUGGUAUCAAAGUUAUUAUGGUCACUGGUGAUCAUCCCAUUACUGCCAAAGCUAUUGCUAGAGCUGUCGGAAUCAUCUCAGAAGGUUCUGAAACUGUUGAAGAUAUUGCUGAACGAAAAAAGAUACCUGUUGAAUCUGUUAAUCCAAGAGAAGCACAGGCUGCGGUUGUACACGGAGGAGAACUUAGAGAUUUAUCUACUGAACAAUUAGAUGAAAUACUUAAAUAUCACAAAGAAAUUGUCUUCGCCCGAACAUCUCCUCAACAGAAGUUGAUUAUCGUCGAAGGUUGCCAGCGACAAGGAGCAAUUGUAGCUGUAACUGGUGAUGGUGUAAAUGAUUCUCCAGCUCUUAAGAAAGCCGAUAUUGGUGUUGCUAUGGGUAUCGCUGGUUCAGACGUUAGUAAACAAGCUGCUGAUAUGAUUUUGUUGGAUGAUAACUUCGCUUCUAUCGUGACUGGUGUUGAGGAAGGCCGUCUCAUCUUUGACAAUCUUAAAAAAUCAAUUGCUUACACUUUAACAAGUAAUAUUCCUGAGAUCUCACCAUUUUUGUUUUUCAUCAUCUUCAAUAUACCUCUUCCUCUGGGAACUGUGACCAUUCUUUGUAUUGAUUUGGGUACUGACAUGGUACCAGCUAUCUCAUUGGCCUAUGAACAAGCUGAAAGUGAUAUCAUGAAACGUCAACCUCGUGACCCGAAGAAGGAUAAACUUGUAAAUGAAAGACUUAUUUCCAUGUCUUAUGGUCAAAUUGGUUUUAUUCAAGCUGCUGCUGGUUUCUUCACUUACUUCGUUGUUAUGGCUGAAAAUGGUUUCCUUCCAAAUAUACUUUUCGGUAUACGUAAUGAUUGGGACUCUAGGGCGAUUAAUGAUGUUAUAGACUCAUAUGGUCAAGAAUGGACUUACAAAGCUCGUAAACAAUUAGAAUAUACUUGCCACACUGCCUUUUUUGUAGCUAUCGUAAUUGUACAAUGGACUGACUUGAUAGUUUGUAAAACAAGACGUAACUCUUUAAUCCAACAAGGAAUGAAGAAUCAUGCCUUAACUUUUGGUAUCUUUUUUGAAACUGCCUUGGCCGCUUUCCUUUCAUAUACACCAGGAAUGGACGUCGUUCUGAAACUUUAUCCUCUAAAAGCUUCUUGGUGGUUCCCUGCUAUGCCAUUCUCUCUGUUGAUUCUCAUUUAUGAUGAAGCCCGACGUUUUAUUUUGCGACGUAAUCCAGGUGGUUGGGUUGAACAAGAAACAUAUUAUUAAAUUUUUGUUUGUUUUUUCCUUCGUUACCAACAAGAAGCUUGAUUGUUUCUUGUUACUACUAUUCGUAAACAAACAAGCUUGUUAUCGGACAAAAUUUGCUAUUUAUAGUCGAUCUGGCGACUAAUUGAUAUAAGAUAGAUGAAAAGAGCUACGCUUGUAUAAAAUAUCAUUGAUUGAGAUCAAAUUGAUUUAGAGAAACUUGAUAUGAAAAAAUCUAACAAACAGAAAAUUACAAAACGUCAGAUGUUCCAUUCCAUUUUUUCACAUUUAAUUUUAAAUCAAAUUGUUUUCAAUUUUAAAACACUUUUAAAUUAGUACAAUAAAAAUUAAUAUCAUUGCGCUGGUGAUAUUGAAAAUAAU